AUGAAGACCUCGAUAAUAUUUACCACCGCAAUCAUCCAUCUGCAAUACCCGGUGCUUUCGCAGCUGCUCGCAAAAUAUCCUGCAACCGGAGGCGCGCUGUUCCAGGUAUACAAUGACCUAACUCUCGCACAAAGAUGGACCGAUGUCGAAGUUCUCGACUUUCCAGCUUGCAAACGAGCCGCGAUCAAAGGCCAACGACCAACUCCUGACACAGACCGAGGACCAUUCAUCUGCGUUGUAGUACCCUGCUCGUUGUCUGAGUCAAUUUCUACAUCGUGGCUUCGCGCCGCUUUUACUAGCCUUGAUCCUUCACCCUCAGAGAUUUAUGUGGCCAUUACCUCAGAAGACACGUCGACAGUCUAUUACAAGAUCAGCCAGGGAAUCGUCAAGCCACCAGUUUAA